AUGGUGAGCUUGUGGUUCCCUGGGGGCACCUGGAUGGCAGCCCUGACACUGAUGAUGGUUGUGCUGAGCCUUCCGCUGGCUUUAUCCAGGAACACUCAACCACAUUUCCUGGAGCAGCUUAAGGCUGAGUGUCAUUUCACCAACGGGACUGAGCGGGUGCGGCUUCUGGAGAGAUACAUCUACAACCGGGAGGAGGAUGUGCGCUAUGACAGUGACGUGGGCGAGUACAGGGCGGUGACGGAGCUGGGGCGGGCAGAUGCCAAGCUCUGGAACAGCCAGAAGGAGCUCCUGGAGGACAGACGGGCCGCGGUGGAGAGGUGCAAACACAACUAUGGGGUCCUUGACAACUUCCUGGUGCAGCGGCGAGUGGAGCCUAAGGUGACUGUGUACCCUUCAAAGACGGAGCCCCUGCAGCACCACAACCUCCUGGUGUGCUCUGUGAGUGGUUUCUAUCCAGGACACAUUGAAGUCAAAUGGUUCCGGAAUGGCCAAGAAGAGGAGGCUGGGGUUGUGUCCACAGGACUGGUCCGCAAUGGAGACUGGACCUUCCAGAUGCUGGUGAUGCUUGAAGCCGUCCCUCAGAGUGGAGAGGUUUACUCCUGCCAAGUGGAGCACCCGAGCCUGGAGAGCCCUGUCACCGUGGAAUGGAGAGCACAAUCCGGAUCUGCACAGAGCAAGAUGCUGAGUGGCAUCGGGGGCUUCGUUCUGGGGGUGCUCUUCCUCGGGGCGGGGCUGUUCAUCCACUUCAGAAAUCAGAAAGGACACUCUGGAGUUCAGCCAACAGGUCUCUUCCUGGCCCGUCUGGCAGCGGGCAGAGCCCCUUCUGGUGGUGGGCGGGAGUUCUUCCGUCUGGCCUAUACUUAA